AUGUCGCGAGCUCACCACGUCGCCGCCUCUUCGCCACCUCUUCGCCGCAACAUCGCGUGGGAUCCGCGGCACAAGUCGUCCUCCUUGCCGCCACGAAGUCGCAUCGCCAGCACAUCGCCGCCUCGCCUCCUCAACGGCGUGCCGCUGCCAGUUCCCGGCCUUAUGCAUCGCCUUCGCAGAGACUCCUCCCUUCCCCAUAUCCCAUUGUCGUGUCCCCAUUGCAGUGCGCCUUCCCCUCUCCCUAUGCUUGUGUUCGCCACUCUUCCGCAGGUCGCGUCGCGCCUCCUCCUCCUUCGGGACGUGCACUACCCCGCGCAGAGAGGUGCAAUUUCCCGGGUCUCAGGUGUUCCAUACCCUGCGCCAGGUGGUCAAAGCAUGUGCAACAGGUGCUUUACCAUGGUGCUCGGGGGACAUGCGCCCCAAAUGCACCCUCUCUCAUCCCCUCCUCCACCCUCUCAUCCCCCCCUCCACCCUCUCAUCCCCCCUCCACCCUCUCAUCCCCUCCUCCCCACUCUCGUCCCCUCCUUCCUUCUCCCAUCGCUCCUCCACUCCCCUCCUCCUAUCGCUCCUCCACUCCUUCCAUCUCGAAUUCCUUCCUCCCCUCUCUCAUCCUCUCCUCCCCUCUCUCAUCCCCUCCUCCCCUCUCUCAUCCCCUCCUCCCCUACUCGCUCUCUCAUCCCAUCCUCCCUCCUCUCUCACCCGGUCCUUCCUUCUCUCAAGGAAGCCUCCUCCCAUCGCCCCUCCACUCCUUGCAUCUCUCAUCCCGUGCUCCCCGCUCUCAAGCCUUCCUCCCCGGAAACAAUCCCCUCCUCCCCUCUCUCAUCCCCUCCUCCCCUCUCUCAUCCCCUCCCUCCAUCUCUCAUCCCCGCCUCCCCAUCACUCCUCCCCUCCUGCCCUCUCUCAUCCCCUCUCCUAUCUCGUCCUCCCCUCUCUCAUCACGUCCUCCCAUCCCUCAUCCCGUCCUCCCAUCCCUCAUCCCGUCCAUCCUCUCUCAUCCCCUCCUCCCAUCGCUCCUCCACUCCUUCCAUCUCUGAUCCCGUCCUCCCCUCUCCCAAGCCUUCCUCCCCGGUCCCAUCCCCUCCUCCCCCCUCUCAUCCCCUACUCCCCUCUCUCAUCCCCUACUCCCCUCUCUCAUCCCCUACUCCCCUCUCUCAUCCCCUCCUUCCCUCUCUCAUCCCCUCCUCCCCUCUCUCAUCCCCUACUCCCCCCUCUCAUCCCCUCCUCCCCUCUCUCAUCCCCUCCUCCCCUCUCUCACCCCCUCCUCCCCUCUCUCAUCUCCUCCUCCCCUCGCUCAUCCCCUCCUCCCCUCUCUCAUCCCCUCCUCCCCUCUCUCACCCCCUCCUCCCCUCUCUCAUCCCCUCCUCCCCUCUCUCAUCCCCUCCUCCCCUCGCUCAUCCCCUCCUCCCCUUCUCAUCCCCUCCUCCCCUCUCUCAUCCCCUCCUCCCCUCUCUCAUCCCCUCCUUCCCUCCCUCAUCCCCUCCUCCCCUCUCUCAUCCCCUCCUCCCCUCUCUCAUCCCCUCCUCCCCUCUCUCAUCCCCUCCUCCCCUCUCUCAUCCCGUCAUGUCGCACCGCGUCAUGAGGAACGGCCAUCUGAAAGCCAAUGAGCAGGAUGCCGGGAAGUUGAGAAGCAGGAGCGUGGGUGGUGCAAACAACAGGAGGGCAGAAACCAGGUGA